AUGUCGACUAUCGAUAACAAUGCGCUGUUUCAGGUCUCCGGCCUUGUCGCCGUCAUCACGGGCGGUGGUUCAGGCCUGGGGAGGAUGAUGGCUCGGGCGCUGGCGUCGAAUGGAGCUGCGAAGGUCUAUAUUACAGGACGUCGAUUGAAUAAACUCCAGGAAACCGCCGAGGGAUACCCGAACAUCGUUCCAAUCCAAGGGGAUGCCACCGACAAGGAGUCGUUGAAGGCGGCCGCGGAUCAGAUCAAGGCAGAGAGCGGCUAUGUGAACUUGGUAAUCGCCAACAGCGGUGUCAGCGGCCCAGGAGUAAAGCUUCAACAAGAUCCCUCAUUAGCGCAGGUGCAGGAGCACUUUUGGUCAUACUCUGCCGAAGAUCUCAACAAUGUCUGGGCCGUCAACAACACCGGUGCAUUCUUUACGAUGGUGGCUUUCUUGGAAUUGCUCGACGCAGGGAACAAGAGCCAGAAGACGCCAGGUAUCCAGAGUCAAGUCAUCUUUGUUGCAAGUAUCGCGGGAUACUCGAGAACAUUGGCCACCACCGUCGCUUACGUCCCUAGCAAGGCGGACAGCGUCCAGCAGGUCAAGUUGUUCUCAUCGUACUUUGCGAAGUACGGCAUUCGAGUGAACGGGAUUGCACCAGGGAUCUAUCCAAGCGAGAUGACCGAAGGCAUCACUGAUCGGCCGGGUUUCAAUGUGGGCACUAUCCCAGCAGGAAGAUUCGGCACUGAGGAAGACAUGAGAGGGACCGUUUUGUACCUCGCCUCGCGUGCGGGAGCGUACGCAAAUGGUCUCGUUCUCGUUACAGAUGGCGGAAGGCUGGGCCAGAUUCAGUCGUCUUACUAG